AUGAGUGAACUUAGUGAAAAGUUGAGUGAGAUUAAUCCUAAAGACAACACACCGCCGAGUCUACCAAACGGUUCUGGGCCUUCUGGCGAACAAGAAAGUUUCCUCGGUGAAAAAUCACAAGAAGCAUCUGUUCCGACUUCAAACCUUGAGGGAAAGGCUGAGGAAAAAAAUGAAGAAUCCGGAAAUGAAGAUCGGGAUACAGAUAAGAAUGAAUGGGUCCCUCGUAGGGCUCGUAGGAACGUAACUUACGAAUUCGAAGACGGCACCCAUCACGUCUACACCGAUGAAGAAGGCUUGAAGUUUUUCUGGGACAGAGAGAGGAAUGGUUGGUUUCCAAAAGUGGAUGAUUUUAUGGCUCAUUAUCAGAUCAAUUAUGCAUUUUACAAUAAAACCAGCACAGAAUCAAAAACUGAUGCAACUUCCAAUCUUCUAGAAGCAGCUCCACCGAUUAAAGGGGAAAAAAGGAAAACUUCAGAACCAACUUGGACACAGAGAAAAGUUCAUAGAGUGAUGAGCGAUAAUGACCGGUUUGUGAUCAUAAAGAACCUUUUUGAACCUUCUCUGUUUGACCACGAUGUCGGUCUUAUCGUGAAAUUCGAACAGGUGUUGACAGAGGAAAUUAGGAAAAUAGGACAAGUGCGAAAAGUGAUGGUAUACGAUAGAGAGCCUGAGGGGGUAGCGCGAGUAGCGAUGGCGACGACAGAAGAGGCCGAUCAAGUUGUUAUGAUGUUGAACGGCGGAUCGUUCAUGAAAAGGCGAUUAACAGCAAAAAUAUGGGAUGGUAACACACGUUAUACAAGGGUUAUACUUAGUUCAUUUUACAAUAAAGCCAGUACGGGAUCAAAAACUGCAACUUCCAAUCUUUUAGAAGCAGCUCCACCUGCUGAAUCAAAAACAAUUAAAGGGGAAAAAAGGAAAAUUUCAGAACCAACUUGGACACAGAGAAAAGUUAUUAGAGUGAUGAGUGAUAAUGAUCGGUUUGUGAUUAUAAAGAACCUUUUUGAACCUUCUCUGUUUGACCACGAUAUCGAUCUUAUGGUGAAAUUCGAACAGGUGUUAACAAAGGAAAUUCGAAAAAUAGGAAAAGUGCGAAAAGUGAUGGUAUAUGACAGAGAACCUGAGGGGAUAGCGCGAGUAGCGAUGGGGACGACCGAGGAGGCCGAUCAAGUUGUUGUGAUGCUGAACGGAGGAUCGUUCAUGAAAAGGCGAUCAACAGCAGAAAUAUGGGAUGGCAAGACUCGAAUUCAAAUCAAGUACAAAGAAAAAAAUCCAUAA